AUGAUGUUUCAUGAUGUUCGUGAUGUAGAGGUAGCGAGGGUUGGGAGGUUUCAGUUCGAGUUACAAGGCAGGGUGGUAGAAUAUGGUGAAACUGAAUUUUGUUUGAUUAGUGGUUUGAGAUUUGGACCGUAUGUUGAUAUAAUAAAUAAAAAAGUCAGCACAAGUUCAACAUUAAGGAAUCGAUUGUUCUCUAAUGUGAGAGAUGAAGAUUUAUGGCUGAAAGAUUUAGAAGACUACAUAAAAGGACCAACAUUCUCUACGUGUAGCAAUGAGGAUGCGGUAAUGGUUAUGGAAAUGAUAUUUUUGCUGAGGGGUCUCAUAGGACGAGAUAGCAAUACGUGCAUUCCAUUGGAAGUGUAUGAGCUAGCCGAUAGUCAAUAUAAUUGGAACAAAUAUUUACGAGAUAAUGAGGGUGAGGGUUACACGAAGACAAUGAAGUAUACGAUUUUCGAUUUUCAGCUUGUGUUUAAGGCUCUCAUUUUUGGGGAGCAGAUUACACCUCACCCUCUCAUUUUCAAGAAAGAUACCACAAAAGACAAGUUAUUUGGCGUUGUUACUGAAUUGAAAACCACAAUCGAGCACUUUGGAAAGAGAAUGGAUAAAUGGGAAAAAGAUAAACAAUUUGGUGUGAACAAUAUGGAAAAUGUGGAUGCGGGGAAAGCAUUUUUUCAUGGUUUGGAUCCCGAGUCAGGCCAUACGUAUGUGCAGGCGCCACCGCCUAUUGUUGAAGUUGAGGAUAACAUAGUUACACCAUUAAAAGGGCGGAUAAAAAUGAAAUCAAAUUUUGUAGGGAGCCUUACACACAGACUUUUAAAAGGUAUUGAGAUGAAUUGGGAAUUUUGGUCAAGUUUACUUGGUAUUGGCUCUAGAUGGUUGCUAUCUAAGAAUUUGGUUAUCUGGAUGUCCCUGCUCAAGGAAAUAAGUUGUCGGCUGGUAGUCGGGAUGGGUGAUGGACCACAUUGCAAGGAUAUUGAUCGGGUUUUAAUUACCGCACCUGCAUUGGUAUUUGGCUUAUUUGGAUCUCCUUACAUGGAAAGAAAAAGUAGAAGAAGGAGAAAGAGGAGAUUGUGGAGUUUAUGUGUGCAUGUUCAUGGAAAUGUUUGCAUAGGGUGUACUAGUGGAGACAUGCCAAUCACCUAG